AUGUCGGACGACGGCCACGAUGAAAAGGCAAAGGUCGAGGGCCAUGUCGACUUUGCGCCCCUCACUCCAGACGUCCACGAAGUCAAUGCCUUCAUUGACGACAUGGACGCCCAGCUCGAGGCCGCCGGAGGUCUCGAGACGAGCAUCUUCAACAUCAAGUUCCGCGACCCGCGACACUUUACGUGGCUGCUCGUCGCUUUUGCCAGCAUGGGUGGUCUUCUCUCCGGCCUGGACCAGAGCUUGAUUUCUGGCGCCAACCUCUUCUUGCCCAAGGACCUGGGCUUGGACUCGAGGCAGAAUAGUUUGGUGAACUCGGGCAUGCCGCUGGGUGCUGUGGGAGGCGCGCUGCUGCUGUCGCCGGCUAAUGAGUACUGUGGACGUAAAUGGGCCAUUAUCAUUUCUAUUCUUCUCUAUACUGUUGGUGCCGCGCUGGAGGCUGGAUCCAUCAACUUUGGUAUGAUUGUCGCCGGACGUGUGAUCCUGGGACUUGGUGUCGGUCUGGAGGGCGGUACAGUCCCUGUGUAUGUCGCCGAGACGGUUGAGCGUCGCAUUCGAGGCAAUCUCGUGUCAUUAUACCAGUUCAACAUUGCGCUUGGUGAAGUCCUUGGCUACGCUAUUGCCGCUAUCUUCCUCAAGGUUCCUGGCAACUGGCGCUUCAUCUUGGGCUCAUCACUCUUAUUCUCUACCAUCAUGUUUGUUGGCAUGCUGUUCCUGCCGGAGAGUCCUCGUUGGUUCAUGCACAAGGGCCGAGUCCUCGAUUCCUACAAAGUCUGGAAGCGCAUCCGCGGCACAGAGUCUCCCGAGUCUCGCGAAGAAUUCUACAUCAUGGCCAAUUCCGUCAAGCAGGAGGAUGUUGUCGUAAACGAAGGGGCCAAGAACUCACGCUUCCCAUGGAUGGACUUUUUCACUGUCCCUCGCGCUCGCCGAGCUCUUAUUUACGCAAACAUCAUGAUUCUUCUCGGACAGCUGACUGGUGUAAAUGCCAUCAUGUACUACAUGUCUGUGUUGAUGAACCAGAUUGGCUUCGACGACGAAAAGGCUACCUACAUGUCUCUUGUCGGAGGCGGAUCUCUGCUGAUCGGAACCAUUCCCGCUAUUUUCCUCAUGGAGACAUGCGGACGGCGAUUCUGGGCCAUUACGAUGCUUCCUGGCUUCUUUAUCGGUCUGGUUCUGAUUGGAGUUGCGUAUCAAAUCCCCAUUGAUACCAAUCUCCAAGCUGCAGAGGGUCUUUACCUCAGUGGUCUGAUCAUUUACAUGAUGUUCUUUGGCUCAUAUGCCUGUCUGACAUGGGUCGUCCCGUCUGAAGUAUACCCCACCUACCUCCGAAGCUACGGCAUGACCACCUCGGACGCUCUGCUCUUCCUCGCUUCCUUUGUCGUGACAUACAACUUCACCGCCAUGGAGGAGGCCAUGACUCGCACCGGUCUUACACUGGGCUUCUACGGAGGCAUUGCCUUUGUCGGCGAGAUUUACCAAAUCUUCUUCAUGCCCGAGACAAAGGACAAGACGCUCGAGGAGAUUGACGCCGUCUUUUCGCGUCCUACGAGAGAAAUUGUGGCUGAGAAUUGGGCUGGUGUCAAGGAGACUGUGGGGGAUCUUUGCGGUCUUCGUUUCCGCAAGGUGUUCCAGGGACAGAUGCAGCGGAGGAAGAGUCUUCAUGAGACGCCGGUGGCUUGA